CUGAAGAUAUUGUGUUGUAGGAUCGUCUCCUCCUGAUCUCUAGUUUACUAUCUGAAGAUGUGACGGAUAUAUCCAGGGUUUGGCCGAACCAGCUCAGGAACAAGGAUUCGAGGAUCCGCCGAGAAUUAUCUGAGCAAGGUUCAGAACAUUUCCUUGCCGGGGAAAAUGAUCUGGUUCUGGAGUACUAUAACAGGGCUUUAAUGUACAGCUCCGGGAAAGGAAUAGCUCACACUCUGGCUAGAAGAGCAGCAUUCUUCCUGUCUACCGGAGAACCCAACCUUGCUCUCCGGGAUCUGUCUACAGCACUAGAGUAUGGAUGUUUACACACGGAGCUCAUGGAUUUUUUGUUGUCCCAUCAUACUCCAAACAGGACUGGAAAACCUCAGAUAAGUACCAAGUACAAGUGGGCUGAGAAUAUCCGAGCAUACUUGGAUGCAGCUGCGGUUCUUAAAUCUAACCAAAAAGGAGGAGAGGGAGUAGGAGGAAACCUAUCCAAGGAGGAGCUCCUACGAAAUAUAAUGACAAGUAUAGAAACUGCAGCCAAGGAAUCUAAUAUAGAGACCAAUCUUGAAGUACGGGAGUUGGAAUUACCAGAAAUAAAAGAACGGAAUCCGCUGAUCCCAGCCUUCUCUGAAUCUGCAGCUGUUUGUUAUGACCCUGAGAAAGGACGAACCAUAAAAGCACGAAGAGAUAUCAAAGCCGGUGAGCUGAUCUGUGUUGAUUCUCCUAUCUGUUCUAUCUUGUGCCCAGAUAAACCUGAAUCUAUCAGUUCUCAUUGUACUCAGUGCUUCAGGUUUACCAGAGCUCCACUUCCUUGUGAUAAUUGUUGUUCUGUUGUAUUUUGUUCCAAGGAAUGCAAAACCAUUGGACUUCAAACCUAUCACAGGUAUGAGUGUCAGAUGAAACUGUAUGAGAUGUUUGAGUAUGAAGGUAGAGAUGUGUUUGGUCUAUUCAUGGCUCUUAGAGCUGUUACUCAGAAACCUCUUCAAUACUUUUCUGAGAAGAGACAGGAGCUAGAGAAGUUCAUGGAUAUAUCUAAACCCGUUCAUCCUCUCCCGGGCAGAGCAUACCUCAGUUCUGACUACAGAACCUUGACAAACCUAGAAACUCAUAAGGAUGAUUUGGAUGAUGAUGUUAUGGUGAAGCAUUCAGUUCUUGCGGUUUUCUUUGUUAGGUUUCUAAAGUUUGCUGGAUAUUUUGGAAAUACAGGGAAACCUGUGCUUGUGAAGGGUAAACCCGUGAUGGACGAUAUGGAAUUGUUUAUGCUCAGAUAUAUUUAUCAGCUCAUCAACAUUCAAGCUUUUAAUUCUCACUCAGUGUUUGAAAUGUCAAGUAUGUUUGAGUGGAGUAAGGUUGGGACCUCCAUCAACCCCAGCAUGGCCCUGGUCAACCAUAGCUGCGACUCCAACACUAUCCGAUGCAGUUUAAACAAGAACUCUAUUCUUGUGGCUGGACGACAUAUUCCAGAGGGAGAGGAGAUUACAGAUUCAUACACAGUUCACUUCCGCAGCUCUACGCUUGAUCAAAGACAGUAUCAUACUUUGAAAUAUUUUAUGUUUGCGUGCGAAUGCCCCGCUUGUGUCGGAAAAUGGCCGCUAGAAGACGGCAUACCAGAUGAGUUGCCGCGAAUACCAAACUUUGAACAAGAAGUUGUGUAUGUAAACCGACAAGGGGAUAAAAAGGAAAUUGUGAGAGAUAUUAUUAAAGCUAGGCAAACCGUUGAAGCUAAUAUGUUGAGCAAAAAGUUUGAAGACGCCAUUCUGGCAUAUCAAAGCCUAUGCGAGCAAUUAGAAAAGCAUGUUAGGAAACCCCAUGCAUUCUUCCUCCAAGCUCGUUCAGGAAUAUCUCACUGCCUGUGGAAUAUGUAUUGCAAGCAAAAGGUUGCAGAUGAUGAGGAAGAUGAGACUGAAGAUAUUACUGGAAGAGAUAAAGCAGUUAAUAUCUACAAGUCGGACUUUGUAGAAUCUGUAAAGGAUAAUGAAGCUCUGAACCUCGGAGAAUCUGCAGCUGUUGUGCAAGAUGAGUCUGAUGAAAUGAAGGAGGAGCGAAGGAAAAUGAUUGAGUUAGCUAAACAUACUUUAGCAAACAGUUCACUUGCAUUAGGGCAACUAAAGGCAGAUAAUAAAGAUAUGCUAGAAAAUGUUAAAGCUCUGAAAGGACUAUCAACAGAGCAUGCUUUGCUAGAAAAAGUUUCUGGGAAUGUUCUUUCAACUGCGGAAAUAUCCAGACUAAUUGACCAUCAGGAGAAAGAAGUUGAAGCAAUGAAGAAAGAUUUAGAAAACUUUCAUGAAGAGGUCAAAGCUAAAGAAUUAGUUAUAAAAGAAAGAAGAAAACAAGAAAGACAGGAAGAGGAAAAAAAUAAGGCAUAUGAGAUGGAAGAAAAACGAAAAAAGAAAGAACAGGAGUUGCAGAAGAAGCUUGAUAUGAUGAAAGAAGAAGAAGCUCGGAAGAAGGAGUUGAGACUACAAGCAGAAGAAAAGAAGAAAAAAGAAAAAGAGCUGAUAUACAAAAAGAAACAAGAAGAAGCAAUCAAGUUGUUUGAAGAGGCCCAACAGAAGCGGAAGCAGAAACUAAAGGAAGAAGAGGAUGAGCUUGAAAUGCUGCUUGCAAUGGUAGCUGAAGAUGCAGAAACUGCAAAUGGAAUAGAUGAUCCAGAGAUUAUGAUCCUUUCAAUGGAAUCUCAAGAUAAAAAUACAGUGGAGGAAAUGAAGGGUCCAGAGAUAAUGCAAACUUUGGCAGAGGAUGGAGAAAAAAUCACUCCUUCAAUGCUUUCCUCUGUCCCAGCUCAUCUUGAUGACUUGGCUUUAUCUAAUAAAAUUCCAGAUAAAGCUACUAAGAAUUUAGCAGUUCUGAACAAAGUUGAUAAUGACACAAAAAAUAUGGAUGGUCAACCUGAGCUGAAAUUUGAACCAGCAGAAGCUAUUGAUAUUCCUAACAAUGAUUUUUCUGAAGAAGAAGAAAAUACCAGAGCAAAAGAUUCUGAAAAAGCAGAAAAUGUGAUGACAAAUCCGAUGAAAGAAGAAGAGGAAAAUGUUUGGAAAGCUCUAAGAGAAAUCAAACAAAAUGACACUUUUAAUAUAAAUCUUAUGUUGAAUAAUUCCACCAGUGGUGAUACUCUAGACGAAGAUGAUUUUGACUCAUAUAUACUAGAGUUAAGGAAGAAAGCUUUGGAGAAGAAAGCAGAAGCAGAAGCUGAAAGGGAGCGCCGCAGGAUUGCCGCUGAGCAACAGGAGUUAAAGAAGAAAGAAGAUAAAUUUGAAUGUAUUAAAGAAGAAAAGGAUGAAUCUGAUUCCAUACAGAUGGAAGAGAAUGAAAAAGUGGAGAAUGUUGCCUCUGAACCUUUUGACUAUGAAGCUUGGAGUGCCAAAAUAAAUACUUUAUUUUCUGAUAUAAAUGCAGAAGAGUCUAAAGUUCUAGCACAAGAUCAAGCAUAUCUUACUGCUCUAAAACAGAAAAUAAAUGAGAACAUAAAAAUCGACUUGGAGAAAAAUAAGAAAAACGAGAUUAUCAGCAAACCUCCUGUAGUUGUAAAACCAAAACCAAAUUCGCCUAUUAUAAAAGAUAAGAAUGGGAAAAAAGUUGACGAUUAUGAAUCCUUAAAAAACAAAGAUAAAGAAAGAAAAAGGAAGAAGAAGGAAGAAAAAUUUAAACAAGCAGAAGAAAAAAUGAAAGACAUGUCAUUGAAAACAAUCAAAAUUGACAAAAUUGCGUCAGAAGCAGAACAAGAAAUAAUGCGUAUGAAGGAAAUGGCGAAAAAAAUGGUUUUGAAAUCUAGAACAAAUGAGAGAGAUUUUGAUGAAAUAUUUACAAGUUUGGUUGAGCUAGAUACUAAACAUGAACAAAAUAAACCUAUUGCAAGAGAUAACCUGGAAGAAGAUGAACACUGGACUGAACAGGAGAAGAAUAAAUGGCCAGCUCAGACCAAAACUCCAGGAUUCUCCAAUGCCCUGUCAAUGCUAAAAGUUGCAGCUCAUGGACAAACUGAGCUUGUGGAAACACUGAAAGGAAAUAUAUCCAAUGCUCAGAAGAAUAUCCCAAAACCCCAGCCUUCACAACAAAAAGAAAAACCGAAAGAAACAUUUCAAGAUUUGACUAAAAAAUCCUCAGAUCUCCAGUUAAAAGAAGAUUUUAAAGAGGAGAAGAUUUCUUCUUCUGUAAAGGAUUCUUCACAUCAAGUUUUAUUAGAAAAUAACAUUUUUGGGAAAGAAAAAAAUCUGUCUAUGUCCAACAAAAGUAAGGCCCCUGAAACUAAAAUAAGCACUGAAAAAACAAACCGUCCUGAAAUAGUAGAAUCCAAAAGUAACAGACUGCCUGAUAUUGAAGUUAAACAAGUCAACCUAAAUACUAAUGGCAUAACUUCAAAUGCAAAGAAAGUUUCUAAUGGGGAUGUCAUGAAAACGCCAGCAAAGGCAGCAAAUGAGAAAAAAAUUGAAAAUAUUUCAAAAACUGCAGUAGAGAAGAAAAAUAUAGAGAUAGAGAAAAAACCUACUUUUAUUGAGCUAAAACUAGAAAGCACAAUGAAGGAUUUGAAAGCAUUGGCUGCGAGGAAAAAAAUGUCCAAAACGAAAACAGAAACUCUUUCAGAAAAUAAUGUUAAACUAGUGCAACCUAAAGAAACUUCAAACGGUCCCCAAAAUAAAAAUGGAGAGAACAUUAUACCUGUUAAAACCUGGAAUUUAUCAGAAUCAAAAGAUCCUGAAAUGAUGGAAAGUUCAGUGGAGAGUUCUGAUUCAAAUAAUCUAAAGAUCGACCCUGCUCCUUUGAGAGAAGUAAAAAUUGAAAAUCCAGGAUUAAAGGAUGUUAAGAAUGAAAUAAAUGUGGUAAAGGAAGGUAUGAUUGAAAAUACAGUGGUCAAUGAUGCUAAGAUUAACCAAACAGCAUUGAUUGACACUAAAUGUAUAAUAAAACCUGAAGCUGACCAAAAGAAUACAGGCUCAGAUGAAACAAAGAACAAUUCAACAUCAACUGGUGUAUCAGAUUUUAGCAGUGCUUUGAAGGAAAUCAAAGAAGACUUCACAACUGUAAAAGAUUUGCCUAAAAACGACUCAGCUUCAGAGAAUAUGAAAGUUGACUGCAUUGAUUUAAAGAACGAAAAGAUUAACAAGAAACUUUUGGAAGAAAAGAAUAAGAUUGGAGUAUCAAAUGAUUUUCAAAGCAAAGGCAUUGUUUUGAAUGAUGAAGCUGGUACCAAAGCUGCAAAGAACGGUAUAAAUAAGAUAACAGUAAUAAAGUUUGCAAAAGCUGCAAAUGGUGAGAAAGAAAAGAGUUUAUUGGAAGAUGCUCAAAUUGUCAGUACAACUGUUAAGGAUGUUAAACUUGUCAGCACAACAGUAAAUGAUGUUAAACAUGUCAGCACAAUUGAAAAGGAUGAUAAAAGUGUCAGCACAACAGAAAAAGAUGUUCAAAUUGUCAGCAAAAAUGUACGGGAUGAUAAAGGUGUCAAAACAAUUGUAAAGAAUGAUAACUGUGUUAGCACAGCAGUAAAAGAUGCUAAAGAUGUCAGCACAACUGAAAAGGAAAAUAAAGGUGAAAGUACUUCUGCGAAGGAUGCUAUAACUCUUAAUAAAGCAGAAUUUGAUGUAAAACCUGAUUGUAAAGCUGUAAAGAAUAUCGAAAUUGACAAAAAAAUUGUCAAGAUAGUAAAACUUGACUCCAAAGAUUUAAAAGAUAAGCAAGUUGAUACCACUACUCAAAACAACGAGAAAGGACAUCAAUCUAUUCUAAAUCCUAGAAUAGAUGGAAAAAAAACUACUACAGAUGGUAAAAACAAAAUUACAGUAAUAAAAUUUCAAAAAUCUGAAAAUGGAGGAGAAAGUCAAAUAAUAAAGAAAGAGAAGGAAACAAGUAAAGAAAAUAAAGAUAUUAAAGAAAAAAAGGAAACCAUUGAUGCUGACGAGAAUGGAACAAAAGAAAACUAUCAAAUACUAAAAGUUCCAACACAAGUUGUCAUUUUUCCAUCUAAUAGUGUCACCAAACAAGUUCAGUCUACAGAAGAAUUCAAUCCUAAAAUUGACGCCAUUUUGAAUGUAGACUCCAUCCCAAAAAUGUCAGCUGCUCCUCUGCCAGCUGUUAAAGUAUCAAGACCACCUCCACCAAAAGCCAGACCUCCACCUCCCCCUAUUCUGCUUUAAAUAAUUUUCAUUGUAAUAUUUUUAUUUUCACUUUUUAUAUUUAUCAUAAAUGAAUAACAAAGUAAUAAAUG